AUGGCGUCGACGAAGCUCGCGUCGCCGUCGAGCAUUGCUCUCCUCGUUCUCAUCGCCACCUCUGCACUGCUUCCCUCUGGGUAUGUGGCUCAGAGCACCAUGAACGCGAAUUUCACCACCAACUUCUUCGGAGGCUACUUGCGCGUUGAUGUGGGACCCAAUCGCAAUCAGAUCCGCGUGCAGGCAAACCUACCAGACUGGAUCAAGUCGGUUACACCCAAGCAGGAGUACAUUGUGGAGAAAUACACUCUGCCGACCAGCUUCGCCUCUCUCACGGACGUCAAGCACAUCAUUUUGUCCUUCAGCCCUUCCUCCUGCUACCCCAUCUACAACACCACCAAAGUAACCGCUGAUCAGGCCGUCCCCGCAUAUCUCAUGUCCGGCACAGACAUCUGCCUCUCCUGCUACGUCUACCUCACCUUCUCCUUCCUGGACGAAGCCACGGCCAGCCAGAUCGGCAGCAUAUGCACAGAAACAGACAACGGCAUGCUGCGCGGGUACAUCUGCUCCACGGACGAGGGGGCUGAGGUGACGGUGGCGCAGGCGUUCGGGAGUCCGCCGGUGGUGAAUGGCGGCGGGACGUCGGUGGGGUUUCUCUACACGGAGAUGUUUGUGCGCCAGCCCGCUGGCUCCACCAUGCGCGUCCAGUCCAUCCGAGUGGAUCCCCUGGCCAUGAAGGGAAUCGGGUACAUCAUGGUGCCAUCCAAGGGACCUACUCCUCUCCCUGGGGCCUUUGACGCCAUGCCCUUCAUUGCCGGCAACGACAGCAAGGCUGUGGGUGUGGGGCUAGUCUUCCCAAUUACCCUGGUCACCCAGGCGUCGCUCGCAACUACCCCGUUCAGCAGCAACACAGUGCAGACAGUGAACCCCACCGCCUUCCCUGCCCUCUCCAUGAGUGCUCCUGCCAAGGAGUCGUUGACUCUCAGUGCCAGCAUAAUCCCCCCUACUGCCCCUGGUGCCGCUGCCGCCUCAUACAAUCUCUCCUUGUACAUUGGCAAGGACAUGAAUACGACCAAGGAUUCUGCUCGUUUUAGCGCAACCUGGAUGGUAGUGAUGUUUGCGCUCCCUGCCCUCCUGACCGUGAUGUAG